AUGGCAGUCCCCAGGGAAAGGGCUGUGCACCCUCACUUGAUCCAACCAAUACUCAAAGCGUACGGCUUGGGGUACCUAGCCUUGACAACACCAAGAUUACUUGGUUUCAUUCCUUUACUCAUCAGCAAAAAUGCCAAUUACCGUGCGAAACUUGAAAAGCUAUAUCGCAUCCUACGAGGUGGUUUCGGCUUAUACAAAUUCUCGACAUUCUGCGCGGUGCUAGUCGGCGGUUCGACGUGGUUACCUUUUCUGUUCUUUCAAUGCAUUGCACGCUCGCGCCGUUCGUCCUCCGAGAAUCUCAGGCGUAUCGUCCGGUUUGUUGCGACAUGUCUCUCAGGAUGGGCAGCUUUCCAUUUGUUGAACAAAAAGGGCGAAGAUCAGGGGUCAAUCAGAAACAGCGAUUUUGACCAAAAAUUAAUGGUGGAACGACAGUCGGAUGACAUUAAAACCAAAGAAUAUCGUCCAGAUCUUGCCGGUCGAUCGCUCGACCUUACACUCUUUUCGUUCACGCGAGCCGCUGGCGUUAUAGCAUCUCUAGCCUGGACCGAAUGGGCGAGAAGACGAAGAAGCAAGGGAAGAUGGUCGCGAGUGGAAGACAUCGCCCCACGACUGGCUGAUGCUGGGCUCUUUGCCGGAAGUGCUGCUAUAGUCAUGUGGGCGUGGUUUUACGCGCCGGAGAGAUUGCCGCGCUCAUACGAAAAAUGGAUCGGACAGGCAGCCCAAGUAGACGGACGUCUUAUCGAAGCUUUGCGGCGAGCGAGAAGGGGUAUAUAUGUCUAUGGCAAGGAUACAGGUCAAGCGCCGCUGCUUGAGUCUAUGUGUGAAGAUUACGGCUGGCCGAUCACAUGGGGUGACCCUGCCGUCACCGUACCAAUACCAUGCGAAAUGGUGCAUAUGGGUUGUGGUCCGAAUUGCGAAUGGCAUGCCCUGUCUCGGUUCAUGCGAUCGUUCAAGUUUGCUAUGCUCACGAACCUUCCACUACAAUUACUUCUCCGACUACGCGCUAAACAGCCAGCUACCGCGUUUAAUCGAGCUGUCAAGGAUGCGACACGUUCUUCCACGUUCCUAGCAUUGUUCAUUAGCAUGUUCUACUAUGGAGUAUGUCUCUCACGGACAAGACUUGGGCCGAAGAUCUUCAGCUCCAAUACUGUGACGCCUUUGAUGUGGGAUUCCGGCCUCUGUGUGGGCGCCGGUUGUUUUAUGUGUGGCUGGAGUAUACUGGCGGAAACUGCGUCGCGAAGGCAGGAAAUUGCUCUGUUCGUAGCUCCAAGAGCAGCGGCGGCAAUCCUUCCCCGACGAUAUGAACGAAAGUAUUUGAAGAGGGAACAAAUAGCAUUCACUUUGAGCGCUGCUGUGCUGCUGACGUGUGCCCAAGAACGCCCAGACCUGAUUCGAGGUGUUUUUGGCAAACUUCUUUCGACGGUCUUUGUAUGA